AUGGAGACAGCCAUUCGCUGGGCCCCGUCCACCACCACCGCGGAGCAGCGCUUUCUCUCCGUAGACGUGACGGGGAAAGCCUUCCGACUCUGCAGGGUCACUGCAUUCGACGGCAAGAAUCUGGAACAUGAAGUGCUGUCGACGCACACCAAGGUGCCCGCGUUUCGCGCCUUCGAUUGGUCUGCCGUGGACGAGUCCCUGGUUGCUGUGGGCCAAUCCUCUGGUGACGCGACUGUCUUGCGCAUGAGCAGCGAGAAUGCGGAGUCGAUUUCAUUCCCCAUUCGCCAUCAGCGUUAUUGUAAUGCUGUCUCGUUCAGUAUGCAUGGCCUGCUGGCUGCUGGGCUGGAUCGGGUCCGCAACGACUUUUGUUUGAAUAUUUGGGAUGUCAAUCAGCGUAUAAUGAACAAAGGUCCCAAGGGAUACGUCGAGCCUCUUAGAAAAUUGGCUAGCUCGGAACCGAUCACGAGUGUUAAGUUCUUCAGAGACAAUCCCGACAUGCUUGUCACCGGGGUGAAGGGCCAAUAUGUGAGAAUAUAUGAUCUUCGAGACGGUCCUGGCAAUCCGUCUCUACAAUUUCCCACGCGAUGCGUCCACAAUCUCGCGAUCGACCCGCUUGAUGAAAACUAUGUCGCAUCCUGUCAUCUAACGAACGACCCUACUAUCUGCAUCUGGGACCGAAGGGCCAGCUCCCGGUUUAAUGUCACCAUGGGUGCUGCGAAUAUGCUGGAGUCUGGACAUCCGGGCCCAGCCCUUGAAUUCAAGAAUGUCUUCGGUCCUAAAACAUCUCUCUGGAGUCUGCGGUUUUCGAAGACAAAACGAGGCUGUCUGGGUGCGCUUUCGAACACUGGCUGCUUCAAAACUUUUGAUAUCGCCAAAGAGUACUUGUCGGAAGAGUACCGCUCGUCCAUGGAGGAGACCCUCGGGCAAGGGUCCUUCCACAACUACCCAGAACAGAUCUAUACGAAAUCCAUCCGCGAAGUCCUCAGCCCAUUCAAUCAUCCCACCCGAGGCUGCAAGGAGUCAGACAGAGUUGUGGCGUUCGACUUUCUGAACAUGAGUACUUCCAACGAGCCUACUGCUAUAACGUUAGCUGGAAAUGGUCAAGUCAGCCUGGUUACGGUACAACCUCAAUCUCCGCCUGUGCGGCUAUCCUCUCAGGGUGUUCUGAUCCGUGGUAGCUCUGAUAAUCGUCUCGAUUUCACUGAGUUACGGCCCGCAUUUGGGGGUCAGACGAAGGUUUCAGAAGUAAUUGAGAACAUUCGCAAGGCGAAUCUCUCAGCUCUAGAAGAGAGGAAGUUGUCGCACGGAGGCCGGGCUGCGCGAUCGGAUUCCCGCGUCAAAGAUCCUCUCUCCAGUCGUGAAUCCCGAGAACGGAAUUUGUCACUGGGAACUCUUGGUCAACCUCUUACCGCAGAGGAAGCACUGGCGUUAUUGACCGUAAACAGACUACGGUGCAAGGAAGGCUACUUAUUCGAUGAAACCCGGAACAAGCGAAUUUUAGCCGAUGACCCUCAACUUCAGGGCCUUUGGGAUUGGGUGGAACGCGCACGUUCAGACUCGUCUGGUCAGUCGAUGAUCAGAAAUGGCUUGGAUUUCAAUUACCUAGGGGUGUAUGACAUCUGGAACAAUGACCUAGGUCAAAGUCUUGACAGCCGGCAUAUCGGUCCAAGCAGCGCCGAGUCUCCAUCGAUCAGCGGAAGUAUUAUCGAGGUUGUGCGGGAGCAAUUAAAUUUGCCCGAAUCAAAAGGAUGUGAGACAGCUCAUCCAGAACAUCGCCGACUUUGUUUGCGUCUCUGUGGUGCGGCACAAUCUCAUCGCGAAUUGGAGGAACUUGUCAAAACGCUUUCUGCAGACAACCAGCAUACUAAAGCAGCUGCAUUGGCCGUCUUCCAGGACGAGCCCAAAUUGGCGUAUCUGGCGUUGCGCAGUCACACGCCCACCCAGGCGCAUAAGCUGCUCGCCAUGGCUAUCGCCGGGGCAGCCAAAGGCGAUACUGACUCAGAUUGGGAAGAGACAUGCGCGGAGAUUGCCAAGGAACUCACUGACCCCUACGCACGAGCUAUACUGGCGCUCGUAAGUAAAGGAGAUUGGAAGUCCGUUAUCCGCGAGUCUACGCUUCCUUUGAGAUACCGGAUCGAGGUAGCUCUACGUUGGCUUCCUGACGAGGAACUCUCCAGUUACUUGAAGGAAACCAUUGCUGAAGUCAUCCGUCAAGGUGACAUUGAAGGUAUAAUUCUCACGGGGCUUGGCCACUCUGCCUUGGACCUUUUCCAAUCAUAUAUCAACAAAUUCAAUGAUGUUCAGACGCCGGUUCUAGCCAUGAGCCACACAGUUCCGCGCUUCAUCAAGAAUGGUUCGGGCAGGGCUCGGUAUGAAGCAUGGCGUGAAACCUACCGCUGGCAGAUGAACUCAUGGAAACUCCAACUAGAGAGAGCGCGAUUCGAUGUCGGGUCUCGCAAGUUCGCCUUCACCUGGGACGGGCGCAGACUCAUCGAGCCGCCCCGACAACAAGUCAGCUUGACUUGUAACUACUGCACUCGACCCCUCACCCAACAUGAUGCGUCAUCCCAAAUUUCUCCUUCGGCUACAGGGGAAGUGGUGCAUCCAACCGCUGGCAAUCCCUUGGGUACAGCUGUUAUGUCAGGAAUGGUCUGCCCCAGGUGUGGACGGCCGAUGCCCCGCUGUGGAGUGUGCAUGCUCUGGCUGGGCUCCCCAGAUCCAAUGUCCAGGGCGUGUAUCGCCGCCGAUGCUGGUCAGGAGCAGCGCAAACCCACAGAGGCCGACGUCAUGCGCAGAUUCAUCGUCUUCUGUAUCAAUUGCAAUCAUGGGUUCCAUGCACAUCACGCCAGAGAAUGGUUCGCAAAGCAUAGGGUUUGCCCUGUCGCAGAAUGCAGCUGCAUUUGCGACCGGUGA